UACUUUUGCCAGAGAAAACACAGUCGACCCAUCAUCACUUGUUCAUCAUCAUUCAUCAAAUACACUAGCCGUUGUAUGUCAAGAACUUCACUCAAUUAGAAAUAUGGCUGGAUGUGUUGGAUUAGGGCAAAUGAUUUUCGAGCCCAUUCUCGAGGAACGAGUGUUCCGAUUCGAUUGUUCGGAAGACGAUAGAAAUGCGGCAUUUCCGAGCAUUUCUUUCGUAAACCCUAAAAUUAGAGAUACACCAAUCGCAAACCCCCAAAAAACCCCGACCCACAUUCCCACCUUCGAACGCGUAACGGGGCAGCAAAUAGUUAACUUUGAGUUUCCUCCGCGUACGUCGUUUUAUGGAACCGGAGAGGUUAGUGGGCAGCUUGAAAGAACAGGGAAGAGAGUUUUUACUUGGAAUACCGAUGCAUGGGGAUACGGUGCCGGAACUACUUCAUUGUAUCAAUCGCACCCUUGGGUUCUCGUUCUUCUUCCAAAUGGAGAGGCGAUUGGGGUUCUUGCAGAUACAACGAGACGUUGUGAGAUUGAUUUGCGGAAGGAAUCAAAUAUAAAGCUCGUUUCUUCAUCGUCUUAUCCUGUGAUCACAUUUGGUCCAUUUGCUACACCAACUGAUGUUCUUGCGUCUUUUUCACGAGCAGUUGGAAAAGUAUUUAUGCCCCCAAAGUGGGCCCUAGGCUAUCAUCAAUGCCGUUGGAGUUACGAUUCCGAUGCACGAGUUCGUGAGAUUGCAAGGACAUUUCGGGAAAAAAAGAUCCCGUGCGAUGUCAUAUGGAUGGACAUAGAUUACAUGGAUGGUUUUCGUUGUUUCACUUUCGACAAAGAGCGAUUUCCCGAUCCAAAGUCUCUUGUAAACGAUCUUCAUCAAAGCGGAUUCAAAGCAAUAUGGAUGCUCGAUCCAGGGAUAAAAAAGGAAAACGGAUAUUAUGUCUACGAUAGUGGUUCGGAAAACGAUAUCUGGACUCAAACUGCCGAUGGGAAACCUUAUGUUGGUGAGGUGUGGCCCGGGCCGUGUGUAUUUCCCGAUUACACACAAUCAAAAGCCCGUUUAUGGUGGGCUAAUCUUGUAAAAGAUUUCAUUUCUAAUGGUGUGGAUGGUAUAUGGAAUGAUAUGAAUGAACCUGCUGUGUUCAAGACCGUAACGAAAACAAUGCCCGAGAGCAAUAUUCACAGGGGAGAUACAGAUCUAGGAGGUCGUCAGAACCAUUCACACUAUCACAACGUUUACGGUAUGCUAAUGGCGCAAUCAACAUACAAAGGCAUGAAACUAGCGGACGAAAAAAAACGUCCUUUCGUCCUCACACGAGCUGGCUUCGUUGGUAGCCAACGGUACGCCGCCACCUGGACAGGUGACAAUCUCUCCACUUGGGAGCACCUCCACAUGAGCAUCCCCAUGGCUAUUCAACUCGGAUUAAGUGGUCAGCCUCUAGCGGGUCCCGAUAUUGGUGGAUAUGCUGGCAAUGCGACACCUCAGCUUUUCGGUAGGUGGAUGGGUGUGGGGUCCAUGUUUCCUUUUUGCCGCGGCCAUUCUGAACGAGACACAACGGAUCACGAACCAUGGUCUUUCGGAGAAGAGUGUGAAGAAGUUUGCCGAUUAGCAUUGCAAAGGCGGUAUCGGAUUUUACCGUUGAUAUAUACUUUAUUUUACUUCGCUCAUACGGAGGGUAUUCCAGUGGCUACCCCGACGUUUUUUGCAGAUACUAAGGAUAUGGAGUUACGAACGCAUGAGAAUUCGUUCAUGUUGGGCCCACUUCUUGUAUACGCAAGCACUGGAAAAGAUCAGGAGUUGUACGAAAUGCAGCACAAGUUACCGAAAGGCAUUUGGCUCGAUUUCGAUUUCGAAGAUUCUCAUCCAGAUUUGCCAGCAUUGUAUCUAAAAGGUGGAUCUAUAAUUCCCGUUGCUCCUCCACAUCAGCAUGUCGAUGAAGCUAAUGCUACAGACGAUUUAUCUCUACUAGUGGCUUUAGACGAACACGGUAAAGCAGAAGGCUCUCUUUACGAAGAUGACGGUGAUGGAUAUGAAUACACUAAAGGAGGCUAUUUACUGACAACGUAUUUUGCCGAACGAAAAUCUUCUACGGUCGUUGUGAAAGUUUCCAAAACCGAAGGAUCUUUUACUAGACCAAACCGACGUUUGCAUGUGCAAAUAUUGCUCGGUAAAUGUGCUAUGAUUGAGGCAUGGGGUACUGACGGAGAAGUUCUGGAAAUUCCGAUACCUUCGGAAAUUGAAAUUUCGGAAUUAAUAUUAGCCAGUGAAAACCGAAGCAAAAUUCACAUAGAAAAUGCUAAACGAAUUCCGGAAUCCGACGGUGCACUAGGGCACAAGGGAACAGAAUUAUCGCAGACACCUGUCGAAAUGAAGAGUGGUGAUUGGCUACUCAAAGUUGUACCGUGGAUUGGUGGUAGAAUUAUUUCGAUGCAGCACCUCCCCUCCGGAACCGAGUGGCUUCAUAGUCGAGUUGAUGUUAAUGGCUACGAAGAAUAUAGCGGCGUGGAGUACCGAUCUGCUGGAUGCUCGGAGGAAUAUUCCGUCAUUCAGCGUGAUCUGGAGCAGGCCGGAGAAUUGGAGUCGUUGAAAUUGGAGGGCGACAUUGGAGGCGGAUUAAUUCUCGAACGACAAAUAUACGUCUCGAGAAAAAACCCUAAAAUAUUCGGAAUUAAUUCCGCCAUUGUUGCUCGAAAUGUUGGUGCUGGUUCUGGUGGAUUUUCGAGGCUUGUUUGUUUGAGGGUGCACCCAAUGUUCAAUUUGUUGCACCCCACCGAAUCAUACGUGGCGUUUACGGCAAUUGACGGGUCCCACCACGAGGUUUGGCCGGAAUCUGGUGAACAACUCUUUGAAGGGAAUCUUCGGCCUAAUGGAGAAUGGAUGCUUGUCGAUAAAGGACUUGGAUUGGCGUUAGUGAAUUUGUUCGAUAUCGGUGAGGUGUAUAAAUGCCUCGUUCACUGGGGAACGGGUACGGUGAAUUUAGAGCUGUGGUCUGAAGAGAGGCCCGUUGCUAAGGAAUGUCCACUUAACAUACGUCACAAAUACGAGGUAAGGGCAAUACCGUAAAAACUGACAUUUUUCCUUGUUUCGACUAAAUCUAUGUAUAAUCUGGGAUUGCUUGAAAUCCUAAUUUUUAUGUGUUGUUGUAAAGACAAAGAUAUAUAUGCCAAAUAAAGUAUCACUUAAAUUCCAUACAAUUUGGGGAAUCUCUAA